AUGAUCCGCUCAACUCAAAUAGCAAGGCUUGACGGCCUCAUGCUCUGCGCUUCCGUCGACGACGAGCAACAAGAAGCAGCUCUCUCCGAAGUCAAGUCGCAAAUCAAGCAAGUCCUACGCAAGCUCACCCGUAAUUCGGAACCCCAAGCCAGCAUCGAAAGCGGCGCCUACAACCUGAAGUCCGUCUACCCCUCUCCUGUCUACCCCUUUUACACCGAGAGGAGCCAGUCGAAAGAAGAAGAAGAAGAAGAAGAAGAAGAAGAAGAAGAAGAAGAAGAAGAAGAAGAAGAAGAAGAAGAAGAAGAAGAAGAAGAAGAAGAAGAAGGAACUCUCGCUAACCUUUGUGCCCAAAACAGCUACCUAAUGGACUCGGACAUCACCUUCAUCUGCAUAACAGACAAAUCCUACCCGCGCAAGCUAGCCUUCACCUACCUCUCCGACCUCGCCCGCGAGUUCACGACAACCUACCCCGUCUCCCAGCUCCACUCCCCCUCCCUCCGCCCCUACGCCUUUAUGGAGUUCGACACCUUCAUCUCCCGCACAAAAUCAACCUACUCGGACGCCCGCGCCUCCCAGAACCUCGACAAGCUCAACGACGAGCUGCGCGACGUGACCAAAGUCAUGACCAAGAACAUCGAGGACCUCUUGUACCGCGGCGACUCCCUCGAGCGCAUGGGCGAGCUCAGCUCCCGCCUGCGCGACGACAGCAAAAAGUACAGGCGCGCGGCUGUGAGGAUCAACUGGGAGCUGCUGCUCAAGCAGUACGGCCCCCUCGGAGCGCUGGGGUUCAUUGUUAUCGUCUUCUUUUGGUGGCGGUUCUUCUAA